AAAUUGCAUCUCAUGUCAUUUGCGUUGGAAAUCAAGUUAAUGUGCCUUCAGCUCUUUCGUGGCUUUGGUAUCCAGAAGAAACGCCACUACACCCAUCCUCAACAUCCAACUCAUUUUCUUAUCUCUGAUGGCAGAUUAUACAUAUAUUCAGAUACAUAAUCUUAUUCAGCGGCUCAUCCUUUCCUCAGAAUUUUGUUUCCUUAUUGCUUGUGGUUUUCUGGCAAAGAUACAAUGACACCUGUGAGGCUCUUUCCUCAUCCGGACGGCAUACAUUAGAAGCAGUCCCUUCUACGCCUCAAGAAGCCUCUGAAGGGAGCUUAAGGGAGCCUACCCCUUACCUUAAUUGAAGACAGACAGGGCAGCACGAAAGUCAGGGGACGUAUCAAGCGUGGCUUCAUUUUUGGACUAAUUCUGACUAACUCAGGCUUGUAUGCAGCAUCACUUGAAAAGGUGUAAAACCGGAUAUUUCUCAGCUGACUCCUUACAAUGAUGAGGUUCUUUAAGAAUAUGAACUAUGUUCGGAAUUGUGGGAUUUCCUUUACUGUUGCUGUUUUUGUUGUCUACUUCACAUCUCUGUCUUUUAGACGCUUUAAAGGCCUCCAACCGAUGGAAAAAUUCACUUGGAACAAUGCAAAAACGAUGACAAGGUAUACUGAAAAGGAUAUUGACAGCCUCAGCUUCAGUUCCAGGCUUGACAUACAAACACGCACAACAUGGGGAGCUCCCAUCAUCUGGGAAGGGAUGUUCGACCCUUAUAUUUAUGACGCCAUUCACAAGAAUCUCAGAUCCUCUGUGGCUCUAACAGUGUUUGCAGUUGGCAGGUACUUGGACGCUUACCUCUGGACCUUCCUGAAUUCCUCGGAGCAUCACUUUAUGCUGGGAUUGCCUGUCAAGUAUUAUGUUUUCACAGACAUGCCCGAAAAACUGCCUAACAUCAAGCUUGCUCCUCAGCGAACCAUGAAGGUUAUCCACGUAGAAAGGCACUCCAGGUGGCAGGACAUCUCUAUGAUGCGAAUGAAGAGUAUUGCAGACAUCAUAGAAUCGGACAUUCGCCAACACUGCACACAUGUCUUCUGCUUUGAUGUGGAUCAGGUUUUUACUGGGCGAUUCGGCUCUGAGGCAUUGGGAGAUUCUGUGGCUCUCCUCCACGCCCACUUCUACCGCCUUCCAGUCAAGCGUUUUACCUACGACCACAACCCAAAGUCCAAGGCGUACAUGGAAACGGGGGAUUUCUACUAUCACGCUGCAGUCUUUGGAGGCUCGUGGGAGAGUGUGAAGGCCAUGACGGAGGCCUGCUAUCAGAGCAUCAUGGAAGACAAAGAAAACAAAGUGGAGGCUUUGUGGCACGAUGAAAGCCAUCUCAACAAGUACCUGUGGCUUCACAAACCCAGCAAGGUGCUCUCUCCAGAGUACUGCUGGGACACCAGUAUUGGCUCCCCGAGUGAAAUACGAGUAAAGCGACUACUCUGGGCGCCAAAAAAGUAUGGUGAACUACGCGUUCCUUAGAGCUGCACUGGAGUGAAGCGCAAACUAACAUGCUGUAUUUCAGUGAGUUCCUGUUGGCUUUAGUCUUGAUUGAAGGGGCUUCUUUUGCUCUCAUGCGAGUGUCUCCAUUUUACUCAACUUUCAGAUAACAUUAAUUUUAUGUAGGCAAACAAUUUUUCAGGGACUUAAUUUUUUUGUACCAGGCUACAAACUUCUCUCAUUCUGCUGUGAGGUUUGGCAUCUUAAUAUGGCACUUAUUGAUAACGCAGCACAUAUUAUGCACAUGCUGCUUUAACAGAACUGUGAAAGUUUUGUGUAUUGUAAUUUUCUUUGUUUAAACUUAAUAAAAAGUUAUAUAUAAAAAAAAGAACUGUGAAAGUAGUU